UCCCCUUUCCUAUAAAUAUCCGACUUUGUCCCUUGUCCUAUGCAGUAGUUUCCAGUUGUUUGUAUAUACGGCUACAAGGAAAGCAGUAAUUGUAUUAUCAUGGAUUUUAGAGGCUUAAUUGCGUGUGCUAUCAUUGCGCUCUGUUUGAUCAAGCAGUCUGAUGCAGCAGCGGUCACGGAUUGGACUUUUACUGAUGCUGCCAGUGCCAGUGCCACAAAUGGUGGCACUGCUCCCAUGGGAUCUACGUCACUUUCAAUUUCUGAAGCUACAGCUCAAGGUGGAACCUUGUUUACCGCCGUGGCGACGCAAACUGGAACAAUUACGUAUUCGUUCGUCGCAGCGGACGGAAACCCGAGUAGCAUUGCAAGUGCCACGAUCACUAACGGCGUAGUAACGCUUGCUAGCGCUCUUGACUAUGAAACAACUAAAUCAUACGUAUUCAAGAUCGCCGCUACCGAUGGCACUGACUCAGGAACUGCCACUGUCACAUUGAGUAUCACGGACGCCGUGGACAUCACAGAAACAGGAUUUUGUCUAUCCGCAAGUUCGUACGCAGCUGGUUCUAGCAUAGGCACCCUAAAAACAGACCAGAGUUCCGCGACAUUUGCUACACUCGCUGGCACGGACGCGGCUAAAUUUGCAGUUGCUACAACUGGAGAAAUAACCGUCGCGACUGGUCAGACCGUAGACGUUGCGACAAAAACCUAUUACAUCUUCACCAUCAUAGGAUCAACAACGACAACCGGGGUAACCGCCAGCUUAGCUACUAACAUCCACGUAGUGAUGCAGUGUAGUAGUAGUGCGGCCGGACAAGUUGUAGCUCUUAUAAGCAUGCUAGCUGUUUCCGUGGCAACUCUCUUAUUUUUUUAAUUCAACAAUUUUCGCAUUUUAAAAUGUAUACUAAGUAACACACCAUUUUCACAUGAUAAACUGCGUGAAAAAUACGAUGAAUACAGACACGAUUAAGUAGUAAACAUGUUUAAUCAGAAAAAAAUGUUAAAUAGCUAUAUUGUAUACAACUGGACAAUUUUACCUAUCCAAUACUUUUGAGAUGUUUUACAUAUUCAGCCGCAUUGUUUGUGAUACAUGACUUGGUUGUCAUGGACACCGAUGUUGGUUAGUUUUACUCUUGUGUGACUAUAUCCAUUAUCUGGAAUGAAUAUGACAUGUAAAUGAUAUAUAUGAUGUUUAUAUUAUUUAAAACAAAUAUCGGAGCACAAUCUCUAUUCAAGGAAGGUUCAAACCGUGUUAAAUUCGAUAUGAGGUAGGCUAACAAAAUAACUGUUUCGAUACAACAAUACGAAAUUACAUGGAACAUUCUUUUAACAAAACUCAAUUGCAUCAUGUAGUUGUUUAAGUAGUUAUUUUACUAUUAUCGUAUAAUUAAAAAGUAAAUUUAAUUUUGGUCAUACAAGAUGUUUGUGAUUUUCAUUCGAAACAAUGUAAUAUGUACUUUCUAUGCCAUCUAGUUGAAAACCUGUAUCAAAUCUACAACAGCGUUGUAUCAAUAGUAUGACGUUCAUAUGAACUAUUUUAAUUAUUUUGAAUAGGAAAAUGUCAUAUACAAUCACAAUAUGUUAACUCGUACGUAUUAUUUUAAUGAAAUCUAUUCCAGAUAAUGUCGAUAUUUUUUGUAUUUUGUAUAUUCUUUAUAAAAGAUGAUCAUUCCAAAAUGAUAAUCCAAUGGGUUUUGAAAAUGAAAUCUUCAUCUGUCUUCUGUUCUCUUAUGUAAUUGUUUCUUUUUAUUGCUAACAGUUCAACGAACAUGAAUAAUAACUUAUUAAAUGAUUGUAAAAUGAAAGCAAUUAUUUUUCUUGUAUUGAUAAAUUAUAAAGAUCUGAUGUGUUUUUGUUAGUUAGACAAAUUGAAAUUGAAUCGUAACAUUGUGUUCGUUGAAUAAAAAGUUUGAUAGUU